AUGCAUCUUGGUGGCAUUCCACUGAAGAAAUGUAUGACGAGUUAUGUGCAAAUCUUCUGCGUCUACGUAGAGUGCAAGUUAAUCCUGGAGACUCCGUCAUCCAGCGUAAGGGAGAUUCGCCUAUUGAAACUCGAGCCAUUAAAUAUUCCAACCUUUAACGGAGCGCUGCACAAUUGGUUGGCCUUUAAGGACGCCCUUGAAACGUUACUGCAUAACAGGGAUUUACCGCCAGCAUAUAAACUCGGUAAAUUGCGUCAAGCUGUGCCAUCAGCAUCGGUUCCUCUGGUAGGUGGUCUGUAUUCGGGAGGUUACGAGGAAUUAUGGCGAGCAAUAAAGGAGCGGUAUGAUAACCCCAAGCAGUUAGCAGAAGUACAUGUCGCUCGCUUCCUCAACCUCGCACCAGUGUCGGAGGGCUCUGCAAAGACGCUGCUGAAUAUCGUCGAUGUAGUGAGCGAGUACCUGCGUGCAUUGACUAUUAUGAAAUUGCCAGUGACUGAGUGGGACGCAUUGACAGUACCCAUUAUAUUCUCGAAACUUCCAUCUGCAACACAGCGUGAGUGGUGCAUGCACCGUUCUCCGACUGAGAUAAGCAGCUUAACAGAUUUAUUGAAAUUUCUGGAGAAGAGAGCGCACAGUCUUUCCACAGAGCUUGUACGUGUGCGUCCCGGCUCUGAACAAAGGGUAGGACGUCAGCAAGGGCGAUCGUCAUCAGCGCGUGCUGUUAAAUGCAAUUUAGCGUCCGAGAAUUCUAAGUGUCCAUACUGCCAGGGUGCUCACAAGAUCAUACGUUGUCCAAAAAUAUUAUAUUGGUCUGUGCUGUAA